CUUGUAGAACAUUAUUUAGUUAGGUAUAAUCCUUCUUUAAUUCAGUAAAGAGAUCAUUCUUGUUCGUUUCAUUUGGUAGUGUUUCGUUCACCGCGAUUGUUUUCAGACAUUUAUUUGACUACGCAGUUGGAACUCCAUCCAAAUUCCAAAAUCUUUGGAAACUAGGAAAAAAUGACGAAAAGAUAUGAAGUAGUUAUAUCUGGCAUAUCAGGUCGAUUUCCUGAAUGCGAUGAUGUGACCACGUUCAAGAAAAUGUUAUACAACAAGGAAAGCCCUAUAACAUUCGAUAAUCGUAAAUGGCCAAUAACGUACAAAUAUAAAUUCGGCGAACCGGUACCUAACGGAAUCGGCAAAUACACAGACAUUCAUCGAUUCGACGCGAGAGUAUUUGCUGUAAACAAAGUCCUAGCCGAGUGUACCGAUGUAAUCAAUAGAAAAGUUUUAGAACCAUCAUUUGAAGCUGUUUUAGAUGCAGGAAUAAAUCCAUCAUCUUUAAUGGGAGCUAACGUGGGAUGUUACAUGACGUGUGGUAUAAACGAAACUGAGAGUAUAAAAUGCUUCUCUCCUAGCGGCGGUAAAAUGUACCUGGUCGGAAGUAGCAAGUCGAUGGAAUCCAAUCGUGUGUCAUUUGCUUUGAACUUGACCGGACCGAGCUUUACGUUCUAUAGUUCAAUCACAGGAGGAUUGGAAGCUUUAAGCGCUGCUUAUCACAGUAUAGUGGAAGGUCGUGUCGAAGCGGCAAUCGUAGGAGGAUCCUCAUCAAUAAUUGAUCCUAAGCUUUCGGUGUCACUUAUGAAAAUGGGAUAUUUAAGUCCAGAUUCGUACUGCAGGGCAUUUAGCAAAAAUGCCGAAGGAUAUGGUAGAAGUGAAGCAGCGGUUUGUCUUUAUUUACAACGAGCACAGGAUGCUAAAAGGAAUUAUGGAACAGUUUUGUUUUCCGAAUCCACAUUUUUUGGUGGUUAUAAUUCUUACACGUUUGUGGGAUACGGAGAAGAAGUAAUUGAGAAUACCCUACAAAAAAUGUAUUCUUUGCAUCCGAAUGUGAAGCCUUCUGACGUCUCUUAUGUAGAAAUGGAUGCUUGUGGAAUCCCAAGAUUGGAAUCAGUUGAAUGCAAUGUCGUUGCCAAGAUGUUCUGUGAUGAGAGAAAAGAACCACUUUUAGUUGGAUCUGUAAAAAGUCACGUAGGCCAUACAGAAGCUACUGCUGGAUUUAUGUCAGUAUUGAAAGCAUUACUUGCACUAGAUAGUGGUUAUAUUGCUCCAAAUAUGCACUUUUCUGAACCAAAUCCAAUACUGAAGCCUUUAAUCGAGAAUAAACUGAAGGUUGUUGCUGAUACAACGAAAUUGAAUGGUACCGUUGUGGCUGUCAAUACGCAUGGCCUCUGUGGUUCAGUUGGACAUGCAGUUUUUAAACAAAAUCCGAAGACAAAAGUAAUCGACGAAAACGAUAAAUUACCUCGAUUAAUUUUAUUGUGCGGUCGCGUUGAAAAUGGUUUAAAGGAAGUCGUCGAUAGGGUAGAAAAGGCGCCUCUUGACACAUAUAUGGUAGCUUUAACGAAUGAUAUUUUCAAAACUCCUAUACCAAGUCACAUGUACCGGGCCUACUCUAUUUUGCCCGCUGGAUCAAAACCAACCAAUGCUGUUGAGGUUGUAGGGGGUGAAAAUCGUCCAGUUUGGUUCUUAUUUUCUGGUAUGGGUUCGCAAUGGAACGGUAUGGGAAAAGGUCUCCUAGACAUACCAGUUUUCGCGAACGCCAUUGAACGAUGUGACAAAGUUUUAAGACCUUAUGGUGUUGACAUAUACAAUAUUUUAACAUCCGAUGAUCCCACUCUAUUCGACGACAUCGUAAAUGCUUUCGUGGGAAUUAUUGCUGUGCAGGUUGCAUUAGUCGAGGUAUUACGUGCUAUUGGUAUUAAACCAGAUUUCAUUAUUGGACAUUCGUUAGGUGAAAACAGUUGCGCUUAUGCAGACGAUUGUUUAACGCUCGAACAGUCCGUGUUGGCUUCUUACGCCAGAGGUGUAGCAUCCAAAGAAGUGCAAACAGUUAAAGGAAUGAUGGCUGCAAUAGGAAAAGGAUACCAACAAAUCAAGGACUCUCUACCAGAAGGAAUUGAGGUAGCUUGCCAUAAUUCUAAAGACAAUUGUACAUUAACUGGACCGGCAGAUCUAGUUGGGAAAUUCGUUGAAGAACUUCAAGAACAAAAAAUAUUUGCGAAAACAGUCAACGUUGCUAAUAUUGCCUACCAUUCUAGACACAUUGCUCCAGCUGGACCUGAACUUUUGAGACGAUUAAAAGAAGUAAUUCCUGAACCUAAAGAACGAUCAUCGAAAUGGAUAAGUACUUCAGUUCCAGAAGAAGAAUGGGAAAAACCAUUGACAAAAUACUGUUCCGCGGAAUACCUAACUAAUAAUUUACUCAACGCGGUAUUAUUUGAAGAAGGAUGUAAGCAUAUUCCAGAUAAUGCUAUUGUGAUUGAAAUUGCCCCUCAUGGAUUACUCCAAGCCAUAUUGAAACGAUCACUUAAAUCAUCCGUAACCAAUAUACCAUUGACUCUUAGAUCUCAAAAUCCAAACGCCGUAAAUUUCCUAUUAUCAGCUAUUGGCAAAUUGUUUAUUGCUGGUUGUCAACCUGAUGUGAAUGCACUCUAUCCGAAAGUAGAGUACCCUGUUCCAAGAGGUACGCCAAAUAUUGGAUUUCUCGCAACUUGGGAACAUAUGGAUGAUUGGGGCUGUGUCCAACCUCUUCAAGACGAACCUUUAUCUCAAGAAUUGAUUAAAAUUCGACUCAAUAAAGGAUCGGAUUGGCGUUACCUCAGAGGACAUAAAGUGAAAGGACAAAAUAUCAUACCUCCUUCUGUAUACAUGUACUUAACAUGGCACCUGCUGUCCGUCUUAAGAAAUGAAAAACUAGGCGCUUCCAAUAUUGUAUUUGAAGAUAUUAAAGUUCAUAAAAAUUUAUACAUUACUAUCGAUAAGCAUCGAUCGUUAACAAUUUUGAUUCAAACUGGCUCUGGCAAUUUUGAAGUUUUACUUGAAAGUGAAAAGGAUCCUGAAAACUUCAAAGUAGUCAUGACUGGAAUAAUACAAAUACCUUUUGACAAUUUGAAACUUGCCAUAAACGAAGACUUGAUGCAGCAAAUGAAAGUGAAAAUAAGUCAAGAUGAAUUUUACAAAAAUUUAGAGAACAUUGGCUACCAGCUUAAAGAUGAAUUCGUCAAUGUUAAAGAGUUGUCUUUCAAUGAAACAGAAUGUUUCGGUAAAAUUACAUGGAAUGGAAACUGGGUAACGUUCAUCGAUUCUAUGAUGAAACUCCAUAUGUACUCCGAGAGUAAUUCAAGAAAGGAAACACUAUUCCCAUCUCGCUUGAGAAGGUUAUUCAUUUCCACUUCCACAUUCAAUAAUUUGCCACUCGGAGAGGAAGUCAUAUUUCAUAAAGAUCUCAUCACUAAACAAAUGUGGUGCAAUGGUAUGGAAUUUAUGGACUUUAUAAGCGCUCCAUUGACAUUGGACUUCCCUGGACUUGAUGAAGUUCACAAUAAAUUAGAACAGCUGCAAUUUAUACCACAUGCCAAACCUGGCCUAAAAAGUGUGAAAGAAUUUCUUAAUCUUUGUUUACAAAUCACCGUUGAAAGAUUAUCAGCGAAUUUCCAAGACUCGAAUAUAAACAUGUCAAUCAUCGAUACAUUGGGAACGGUGACCCCUAUAAUCAAGAAAAUAGUCAAAACUUUCGAUUAUAAGCCCAAAAUAUUAUAUCAAUCGUUGAAAGAUAUAACCGAGAAAUCAUCAUCCGAUAAUUAUUACAUCUUGACUGCCAAUAGCUUUGAAAAUGCUGACAAAUUAUGUGACCGCAUCAAUGAUAAAUUGAAUAAUCUAUUUUUACUGGUUAUUCAACCUCUUAGUGAAAAUUUUACCUGGAAAUAUAAAAAUUCAUUCGUCGAAAUCACCUCAGAAUUGUUUAACGAUGCAGGAAUCUAUUUCUAUAAAAAGGUGGUAGAACCUAGUGAAUAUCCCACUCCUAUAAUAAUGGCUGAUAAUGCGUGGAUGACCAAAUGCUCCCCAGAGCUUAAAACUAAGAAACACGAGCCUAUCGUUGUUUUGAGAAAUACUAUUGAGUCAAUCGAUUUAUCUUUCAUCUUAUCCAGACAAAAACAAUACGCCAAUACUAGAUUUUUAUAUAUUUUGGACGACGAUGCUCCGAAAUUUGCAAUCGACAACCCCAUAUAUCAAAAUCAAAUCGCUCAAGAUCUACCUGUAUCAAUUUUCAAAGAAGGUCAGUGGGGCACGUACAGAAAUCUAAAAUGUGAAAUAGAUAACAGCGUCCCUGAAUAUUUUGAUCUCAUAAGUCCGCAAGAUUUGUGCCUUCAGACAGUCGAUAUCAUGUAUUUGAAUCACGAUUUUCAAAAGAUAUCCACAGAUGAGGAUUCUGAAAUAACUGAAUACGAAUAUGGUUUGGAGUACGCUGGAAUUUCAGAUUCUGGAAAACGCGUAAUGGGACUAGGUUACUAUAAUCCUCUAGAACCACCCCAAAAACCAGAUCCUUUGCUCUCAUGGAAUGUGCCGAAAACUUGGAGUCUUGAAGAUGCUGCAACAGUUCCAUUGAUUUAUGCUCAAGCUUACUACAGCAUAGUUUUUCUACCAAAGCGUAAAGAAGAUUGCACCGUUUUCGUCAACUCCAAUGUAAUUUUCGCACAGGCGUGCAUUGCAGUGUGUAUGCAGCGUAAAUUUGAGGUUUAUGUGACUGUGGAUAACGAUAGCGAGGCAGAAAUAUUAAAAAAGAAAUUCCCGAAUUUGAAUGAAAAAAAUAUCCUUAUGAGAACAAAUUGUAAAUACGAUGUACAGUUGAAACUCCGAACCAAAGGAGAAGGUGCUCAUAUCGCGAUUAAUUGUAUAAAUACUAUUGAGCAAGUAAAUGCUUGUAUGGAAUGUCUGGGGCUGUUUGGUCACUACAUUGAGAUAAUGGACAAUCAGUUUUCUGAAGAUUCGAAAUUAGGUCUCUAUCUUUUUCUGAAAUCUAUCGCAUUUAACGCAUUAUCAAACAAAAUCACCUCUAUGAUACGAUUACCUGACGAGACGAAGAAAUUAUUACACGAUUACAUAGAAGAGGGUAUGCAAAAUGGAGUUAUUCAACCUUUAUCGAGAAUUGUAGUAAAUAAUGACGGCUCAGCAGAAUAUUUAAGAAAUGAUUCCGUUACAAACAGAAAAAAAAUUCACAAAUGCAUCAACAGGAGUAAUACAGUAGAUGAUAUCGUGAAAUUGAAAUUUGACGAUACACGAUCUUACCUUAUCAUAAGUGGUGGUAAGAAAAGCAACACUUGGUUUGAAUUACUGGAAUGGUUGAUCAGUAGAGGAGCCAAGAAAUUCAUAGUAGCUUUGGAUAAUUUUUCACUUGGAACAAAGAUUUCUCAUCAAAUAAAUCGAUUAUUGGUUCAGAAAAAAACUACAAUCAUUUUGACUUCCCUGAAAAAAACUGAAAGUGUUUCGGAGGCAUCAAAUUUGAUCAGAGAAGCCAAUAAUAUUGCUCCAUUAGAAGCGGUAUUUUUCAUUGAUCUCGAUCCGGCUGGAGCCAUAGCUCAUAAUAUAGAUAUGGCAUCACGUUCCAUUCAUCCAUUCCAUUUCGUAUGUAUUUCAAGUGGCGGACUGAAAGAGUGCGAACAAAGGAAAAGAAUAGGCUUGCCAUCUGUACUAAUCCAUUCGGAAAAACCUAUCACUAAAUUGACUAGCCUAUUACCACGCAUCGAAUCAAUUUUAACUCGGACUAACACCGCCAAUUCCCCAACAUUAUACGAUUUAGUUGAUAAAUCAAAUAAAAAAGGAAGAGAUUCCCUUUCAUUACGCCUCGGCAAUUAUUUGCCAAAUGAUUUGGAAGGAUUGGAAAACAUCGGAUAUCAUUCAACAGACUCUUUACAAUUUAUCGAGGUGGCAACCUUAUCAAAACCAUAUGCUGAUACUAAAGGAGUUUUUCCUCUAUUCGUAAUUCCGGGAACAGACGCCAAUCAGCUCAGGCCCAUGCUGAAAAAUAUUCUCUUUCCAGCGUUUUGCACGACUUUCACCGAACGCUGCGAUUCGUUAGCAAAUAUUGCAUCCAAAUUGUGUAAUGAUAUAAUGAGAAUACAACCUCGUGGUCCAGUCACUGUUCUUGGUGAAACGUGGAGUGGUCCAAUCGCCAUAGAAGUAGGAUCCUUGUUACAAAACUACAAUAGAUACGUCGAAGUGUUCCUCAUCGAAGGAAGUCCAGCAACCUGGCAAAAACAUUUGAAAUCAAUGGGCGAAAUCAACACACCACAGUUUGAGAACAACUUCUUGAAACAAAUUUUGGAUUUCGACUCCAUGAUGAAUACGGGAAGUGAAAAUCAAACGUCAUAUCAAAAUUGGGAAGAAUACCUCAAUAAAUAUAUGAGCAUUUUGAAAUGUCGCGAUGAAGCGAAAUCGAAUGUGGUUAAAACGCUGAAUGGUGUUCGAAACAGGCUUUUAAUGACUGCAAAAUAUUCGCCGCAAGGAGAGAUUUUAAGACACAUUACUCUUUUUAAACAGAGGCCAUCUGAAAGCUCACUGGACACGUAUUGCUUAUCCGACGAAAUCCACUUACUCGAAGAAGAAAAGUACAAAGAAUUCAUUAAAAUGAAGGAAAUGAGUCAUAUCAUCAAUCAAAGCGCAUUAUUUCACUGGUGGAAAUGAUAUAGAUUUACGCUAGGUACUUAGCGAAUAAUUGUUGUAUUGUGUUCAUCAAUAAAUAUAUCUGUGCAUGCUAA